UAUAUUUUCAACAUAUAAACUUUUUGUAAGUUUUGUGAUAGAUUUUUAGAGAUAUUAACAACCGAUAUCGUACAUUUUGACAAGUAUUUCGCACCGUGAGCAUUUUUUUUCUUCUAAAAAGAUAAAUUUAUGUGAACCAAUGUAAUACAAUUUCUAAUAUUCUGCAUUUAAUGCUAAAGAAUGAUAGUAUUCAUAAUUUCAUAUUCUAGAAUGAAUUCACUUGAGACCAUCAAAGAAUUUGAACAAAAACUCAAAAAGAUCACUUGAGAAGGUCAUUUUCUGAGAAGAGUUAAGAUAGUGGGAAAAGCAGGAACACUAGCCAUGCAGUUGCAUACAUUUGGAUGUUUCAUUAUCAAGGUAAGAUGAGACUGAAUCAUCGUAUACAACAAUACAAAUAGUUAAUGCAAACAUUCAUGAAGAGAAGUUGACGCGUUUACCCAGUUUUUCCAAGUCUUCUUUUUCCCCAAACACCAGUUCUUGCUUCAUUAUAUUGGUCAGUUUUCUAAGUGAUCAUUUAUCAUCUGCAACUCAGUUUUACUUGCAACCUAUUUACAAUCAAAAAAUUAGCUUACAAAAUAUUUUGUACAUUAGCAACAUGAAAGUGAGCAUGAUGAAGUUGUUGUUUAUGAUGUUAUUUCUGUUGUUAAAUUCAUCAGUAGUGUUCUCUGAGCUCUCUUCAACACAGAAAUCCACCAUGAUUAACCUCUUUGAGCUCAUCUAUACUUUUAAUAAUUAUUGGUGGAAUUUUAGCACAGACCCAUGCUAUGUGGCAUGGGUACUUCUUCUGGGUCACGUACUCGUACCCGCACCCGUACCCGAUACGAUACGUAUCUUGUAUGGGUACGCGUACCCUUUCCUAAAAUUUCAAAAUCUUGCCGUUUUCUGUCCCCGUACCCGAAUCCGCACUCGUAUCCGUACCCGUCUAUGUGCAACCUAGGACCCAUGUACAUGGGACGGUGUGACAUGCAGCAGUGUCGCCAACUCUGUUACUCAACUCCAUUUCUCCAAUAUACAACUCAUCGCUUCCAGUUUCUUAUCGGUUGCUUGUCAAAUUGACACCUUAGAGGUUCUUGAUGUUUCCGAAAACUCUCUAGAUUCAAUCCCAGAUGAGUUUUUCACAAAUUGUGGCAAAAUUCCGAGGCUGAAAUCUAUCGAUUUUAGUUGGAACCAAAUGAUAGGCCCUCUACCCUCCUUCAAUAAUAAAGGUUUUACCCAGUUAGAGUCCCUCAAUUUUUCUCAUAAUGCACUGAGUGGAAGCAUUGGAGCGCAGUUGAAUGGGUUGGUAAGUCUAAAAAGCUUGGAUCUUUCCGCAAAUUACUUCAAAGGGUUAAUACCGAAUAAUUUAUUCUCGCACCAAAAUUUAGAGCAAAUUUAUCUCUCUCGCAAUUAUUUGUCUGGACCGAUUCCACACAAGCUGCAGAAAUAUGUGGGCCGCCAGUUAGCAUCAGCUGCGACACUGUUGAUGAGCCUCCUCUAAUAUUUACAGUAGGCUUUUACGUGAGUAUGGGGAUUGGCUUCUAAUUUGGAUUUUGGGGAGUUUGUGGCAGUCUGUAUCUGAAAGAUGCUUGGAGGCAUGCUUUCUUCAACUUUCUCGACACCAUUUAUAACAAAAUCUAUGUCACUAUUGCUAUUUAUAUCGCCAAAUAUCGAAGGCAUUCUCAGACAUAGAUAUUAUCUUUUCUCUGUAUUUUCUCAGCUCUCAUUUUGGUUUUGCACCUCUUCAAUACUUCUAGCAUUACUAUUUCAGUGUUAUUCAUAAAGCCUGUACCAUUUCUCUCCAUCCUUCCCCCUCCCAAGUACCGUUGUUUAAUCUUGGUGACUUGGGAACCUCCAUCAUCUCCAUUUUUCAAACUCAAUUUCGACGGUUCUGUUCGUGAUUCUUCAGCAGCAGGUUUUAAUAUCAGAGAUUCCAACACCAACCUAAUCAAAGCUGCAACCUUAAACCUUGGUAUAUCUUCAGUAUCGGUGGCAGAAACCACAACCCUUCAGCAUGGAGUCUGGCUAGCUAUUCAAAAUGCUAUUACUCAUACCCAUCUACUAUAGGUGGGUAGCUAUUUAAAUUGAAUUUGAAUCAUGCUGAACUUAGAAAAUGCUAUUACUCAUCUCCACAUCGAAAGAGAUAAUCUCAUGGUUAUCAACUCCAUCAAAGGCAACUGAUCCCCCCUUGACAGAUCGCCCACAUCAUUCAAGAUAUCCAAACUUCUCUCCGCUCCUUUUUCCAUUCAGCUCUUCAUACAAUCCUUGUAAACGAUAAGGUUGGAGCUCCCCUUGUGCGGAGGAUUUCCUAACGUUGUUUUUCCUUACCUUUAUUAAAAAAAAUAAAAAUAAAAAUCUACUUCUCCAACUUGUUUUUAAUGUUCUUUAUUGGGUUGGUGUUUCUUUUUUUUUGGCUCAAUUAUCAUUUAAUUGCCUCCAACAUUUUCGUUAAUUUUUUUAAUGCUAUAUUUGAGUUUGACUUUCUUUUAUCUUUUUUUUAUUGGUAAAGGAGUUGAUUUACUAAUUUUUUAAUGGGUAAUUAAGUAAAUUUAUAAGGGAACACCAUAACUCCCCCUUUCCUUAUAUAAUACUACCUCUGUUUUUUACUUGCAACAAUGUCUUUUUGCACAAAUAUUAAGGAAAGAGGAGAGAGAGUAAGAUUUGACCCACUUAUCCAUACUUUUUGCAUGUAGGGUAGGAAAAGUGAGAACAAAAUGGUCAAAUUACCCCCAAAAUCUUUACCAAGAAAGAAAAUGUUGCAAGUAAAUAAAAACACCUAUAUAUAAAAAUUGUUGCAACUAAAAAAAAACAGAGAAAGUAUAUUCUAAUAUAUGUAGUCCCCAAAGAGCAAGCCCCUUGUGAAAAAGGCUAAACAGGAUAUGGAAGCUAUAAUUGUAAACUAGAAUUGAAACUAUGGAAGCAUAAUUUAUAUAAGAGGCAAAAAAGAUUUGAAAAAACAGUUUUAUCUUUUUUAAAAUUUAAUAAUAAAAAAAUUAAUAUGAACCUGGUGCACACUAAUUAGUGUGCACCCGAUCCAUAUCACGUGAGUUUAUAAUAAUGUAUAUUGAUAUGAUAUAGUGUAUGUUAAAAUGAUAUAGUAUAUAUUAAAAUGAUAUAGUGUAUAUUAAAAUGAUAUAGUGUAUGUUAUAAUGAUAUAGUGUAUGUUAAAGUGAUAUAGUGUAUGUUAAAGUGAUAUAGUGUGUGUUAAAAUGAUAUAGUGUGUGUUGAAAUGAUAUAGUGUAUGUUACAAUGAUAUAGUGUGUGUUAAAGUGAUAUAGUGUGUGUUAAAGUAAUAUAAGGUGUGUUAAAGUAAUAUAGGGUGUGUUAAAAUGAUAUAGUGUAUGUUAAAAUAAUAUAGUGUAUGUUAAAAGUGAUAUAGAGUGUGUUAAAGUGAUAUAAUGUAUGUCAUAAUAAUAUAGUGUAUGUCAUAAUAAUAUAGUGUAUGUUAAAAUGAUAUAGUGUAUGUUAAAGUGAUAUAACGAGUCACGUGCCUGGACCUGGUCCACACUAUUUUUAGUGUGAGCCGGGUCCACACAAGUCGGAUGAUUUAAUAAUUUAUGAAUUUUUGGAAUCAUUUUUUUGGAAGUUAUGAAGACAAAUUGAUCUACGAACUAAAAGAAAAUGGACUUAGGAGUAUUAUUAUUAGACGGUCCAAAACAGGAACGUGGAAUAUUAUGGAGUUAAGUAGUCUACUCUAAUCCUAUUUUAGUCAAAUUAAUUUCUACCACAAUUUUAUAGAGUGAAACAAAAAGUUGAUAUGAGAGUGCAAAGUCAACAAGUCGGUCAAUGUAGCUUUAAAGAGGAAACUACACAAGUCUUUGCCCAUUUUUUCCAAGUCAAUCCACCCUUUCAAACACGCCAAUGUUUUGUCUUCUCUUUCCCUCAUUUUCCUUCUCUUCAUACUCUUCCUCCUCUGUUCUAAUACUUUCACUCUUAGUAACCAACAUAAUUCUAAAUCAUACCAAGUAUCAUAAUAAAUUCAUUUACUUCCUGCAGUAUUAUAAUACAUUAUCCAACAUGAAAAUAGACACUUUAAACUUCUUCUGUUUCUUCUUUCUUAUGUUCAGUUCAGUAUCUUCUCAGCUAUCUCCAACACAGAAAUCCGCCAUGAACAACCUCUCUGAGUUUCUUCACAACCAAGCGUCCUCUCUUGCGUGGCCUGUUAACACGGACCCAUGUACAUGGGCAGGUGUAACAUGUAACAGUGUUGCCAAUUCCGUCACCAAACUCACUCUUUCCAACUUAAGACUCACCAAUUCCAGUUUCUUGCCUCUUGUAUGCCAAAUUGGGUCUUUAGAGGUUCUUGAUGUUUCUAGAAAUCUUCUAAACUCAAUCCCAAAUGAGUUUUAUGUGAGCUGUGGUGAAAUUUCUGCGCUGAAAUCGGUUAAUUUUAGCUGGAACAGAGUAUCUGGUCCUCUGCCCUCUUUUAAGAAUGGCUUUUUUUCCAGUUUGGAAUCCCUGGACUUGUCUCAUAACUUACUGGUUGGUAACAUUGAACUGCAAUUAGAUGCAUUGGUGGGUCUCCGAAGCUUGAAUCUUAGCUCAAACAAAUUAACCGGGUCCAUUCCUAUCAACCUCGGAAAAUUGAAGGGGUUAGAGCAACUUCAAUUAUCAACCAACCAAUUUCAGGGCACAAUCCCAGAAGAGCUUGCUAGUUACAAAAAUCUAACAAUUCUUGAUCUUAGUUUAAAUCACCUUAAGGGGAGUAUCCCUCCUAGAAUUGAGGAGCUGCCUAAGUUGGAAGUGCUAGUGUUGUCCGGAAAUAUGCUAAGCGGAGAAGUCCCCGAUAUUUUUUCCCAGAACAGAAGACUACAGAGAUUCGCAGCAAAUCGGAACAGCUUUCAUGGUGGUAUACCAUCCGGAAUAACAAGGUUUCUAAGGAAUUUAGACCUAAGUUACAAUAACUUAAGUGGUUCCAUACCAGUUGAUCUGCUGUCACAAUCAAACUUGCAGACGGUUGAUCUGUCUUACAAUAGGUUGGUAGGAACAAUACCAGGAAAUGUUUCUUCAAGUUUGGUUAGGCUGAGACUGGGAGGCAAUUCACUACAGGGAUCAAUCUUGGGUGUCAAUUUUGCUAAACUUCAAAACUUGGUUUAUUUGGAGCUGGAAAACAAUAGGUUGAGUGGAAAAAUUCCAGCUGAUCUUGGUUCAUGCCAGAAGUUGAGCUUGUUAAACUUGGCGAGUAACCGAUUAUCUGGUGAAUUGCCAGCAGAGUUGGGUCAUCUGAAGCACCUUCAAGUUUUGAGCCUUCAGCUCAACAACUUUGAUGGUAAAAUUCCUGAUGAAAUCACCUCACUUUCCCUUCUUUCGAGUCUGAAUAUCAGCUGGAAUUCGCUAAGUGGUCCAAUCCCUCCUUCAAUUGCAAACUUGACAAAUCUGGAGUACCUGCAUCUGCAGAACAACUUCUUCAAUGGUUCAAUACCAAGCAUUGGUAGCUUCAAUCACCUGAUUGAACUCCAGCUAGGGAAGAAUAAUCUCAGUGGGGCAAUUCCUCCCAUGCCCCAAACUUUACAGUAUGCUCUGAACCUCAGCAACAAUUUGUUUGAAGGACGAAUUCCAAAAUAUUCAUUUGAGCAGAUGGUUAACUUGGAGAUUUUGGAUCUUUCCAACAACAGAUUUUCUGGUGAGAUUCCGAAAUCUCUAAUUGAUAUGCCGAGCUUAACACUGUUGUUACUUGAUAACAACAAACUUUCUGGAAUUGUUCCAGAAUUCACUCACAAUGUAACUAUAGAUAUCAAAGGAAAUAUAGGUCUUAUAUUUCCACCUCCAGACAGUCCAAACACCAACCAAUCUACUGCAAGUCACAAGAGACUAUCGGUUGCUAGCAAAAUUGCAGUUGUGGUUGGUGCUGCUGUCUUUGGUGGUUUGAUUGCGAUUCUUGGGGUUUUUCUCUCAAGGCGACUACUCUAUAAGGUUCAUGAUAUUGAAAUUCAGCCAAAGCAACUUGAAUUCCCCGUCCCUCUGGCUGUAGAAAGUCGCAUUCUGACAACCAACAGCACCCACAAAUCAAACAUUGAUUUUAGCAAAGCUAUGGAAGCAGUAUCAAACCCAUUAAACCUUAUCCUGAAGACCAAAUUCUCAACCUACUACAAAGUGGUCAUGCCCUCAGGAGUAAGUUAUUUUGUCAAGAAGCUCAACUGCACAGAAAGAAUGUUCCAACUAAGUAGCCAUGGAAGCUUUGGGCAGGAGCUAGAGGCUUUAGGGAAGGUGAACAGUUCAAACAUCAUGACUCCUUUGGCCUAUACGCUGGCUGCAGAUAGUGCUUACCUUAUCUACGAAAUGGCAUUUAAGGGGACUUUGUUUGAUGUUCUCCAUAGAAGUUCAGUGACUCCUUUAGAUUGGGCGAGUAGGUGCAGUAUAGCAGUCGGGGUAGCCCAAGGUCUGGCUUCUCUCCACGGAUGCUCGUCUGGUCCUAUUUUGCUUUUCGAUCUCACAAGCAAAACAGUUAUGCUGAAGUCAAUGAAGGAGCCACAGAUUGGUGAUAUAGAACUUUGUAAGGUGAUUGAUCCCUCAAAGAGCACUAGCAGCCUCUCAGCUGUGGCAGGUUCUGUGGGCUAUAUUCCACCAGAAUAUGCAUACACGAUGAGGGUGACCCUGGCUGGAAAUGUUUACAGCUUUGGGGUGAUUCUUCUAGAGCUGCUAACAGGAAAGCAGGCAGUUUGUGAGGGGACAGAAUUGGCCAAGUGGGUUCUGAGAAACUCGACACAGCCACAAAGAUGGGAUCGGAUUCUUGAUUUCAGGGUUAGUCGGGCAUCACCAUCCAUCAGAAGCCAGAUGCUAACAGUGCUCAAGAUUGCUCUGGCUUGCAUUAAUGCCUCAUCAGAGGCAAGGCCAAAGAUGAAGAGUGUGCUAAGGAUGCUCUUAAAUGCAAGAUGAGCAGAACCUACAAACGUAAAGUUCUAGUUUUACAAUGAAGCCUGAACCCACUUUUCGUAGGAAUUUAUCACAAUAUGAUGUAGAAUUCAAAAUCUCAAUGUAGAUUAUGAGUCAAUAGGGAGAUAAAAGACAUACUUUGCCAUGGUAAUGGUUUUGUAUGAAUACAAAUAGCUGAUUUAUAUAUAGUUACUUUUAGCUAUUCUAUGAAAUUACAACAAGUGUUGCACUGAA